GAUAAACAGAAACGAAAAGUAUAUUUUUGGAAAAUACUUUGAUGAAAUUUAAAAACGUACUCUUUAAAGCCGAAAAUCUACUCUUGUUUCAGAUUUAGAAUUUUCCUUUUCCCUUCGGAUUCAAAAUUUUCUGACAAGUUUUUGUUUUUCGAUUUGGUGUUUCAGUCUUCUCUUUGUCUCUAUUGCACUAUUUCCAUUCAUUCGCAUUUACAACAAAAUGUCUUGGACUCUAACCAAGACGAAAUGAGUAACAAUAACAGAAAGUGUUUAGUCAAACAAUUGAAUAAAAUCUGAGAAGCGCAUCUUUUCGUCAGAUAACUUACAUAUGGAUAUAGUUGCUGGAAAUGAUGUAUUUCUGUUACUUUACGAGGUUAAUUACAUUAGAUCGGAAAGCCUGGUUUUAUUUUAACGAGGAACAUCGUAUAGCUUCCAAGAGACACUGUAGGACACUGAAAAAUGCGACAAUGAAUUCGAAGGAACAUUACUACACGAAUUUGUACGUCGAAAAUCCACACUAAUGCCGCUUUUGGUUUCCUAAAUUUAUUUCAGACGACGAGAACGACCGCAGAAUGGAAUAUUCCAACUUCACCUUCACUCCUUAUCCGAUUCAGUACGAAAACAGCUUCCAGGCUUCGUUUCAUUCAAAUUUCUUGCAGCCCGUAACGUGCGACGCCAUCUUUUUCCUUACCAUCCUGCCGUGCGGCAAAGAGAAGAGUCAAGCCGUGAAAACUUUUACUUUCGGCAUGAAAAUGGUGAUGGAAGUAGUUAAGAAGUGUGCUAAAGAUAAGAACGCUUACUAUCCUUGUUUGGAAAGGGAUUACGCCAAGAAAUUGCAAAACGGAAACAACAUUCAACCUGGAAGAAUGUACAUAUGCGCCAAUAUACCCAAAAUGUUUAAUCCGGGAUGUUACGACGUUCUCCUCGAGUUUCGACAGAAGGAAGGUAAAAAUAAUGUCGUCGGACUGUCUUGCUACAAGUUGACAAACGUCAAGGUCGAAAAGUAAAUCAAUAAAGAUAAAAUGUUAUGCUUAUUU